CUUCGAUUGGGGUCCGUACGCGUUGAUGACGCCAGGGGAUACGGACGAGCAGCAAGAGCUCUCAGGCUGGCGAUUCGGGGACUUCUUCGACUUCAAUCUUCUACAAGGCUGGUCGGCACCACACAAAGAGGGGCACGGGGCGGACAAACGGGUGGUGCGGACUGCUGUGUCUGUGUCAGGACGUUUCACAAUGAGAAGUUGGAGACUACAUACCAGCGUGAGUCCCUCACGGUGUGCCACAGACGUCAGAUGUGGCUGGGCUGCUUCCUCCUUGUCCCCCACGCGAUUCGGACAAUCAAACUCUUUGAUGUCCAUGGACCGACCAGUGUGGACUUCUCUGUCAGGUGCCCUUUGAUACUUUUUGAUGUCUCUUGAGACAAUUUAUUGGGGCCUUUUUCGUCUGUUCUCUUGGCAGCAUGGUGCUGGCCUCUUUGGCUGUGGCGGCCGUCGUUGUGCAGGCGGUGUUUCGCCUCAGAAAGGGUAAAGCGCUGACCAAGGAGAGCCUGUGGUGGCGCCGGCUGCACGGCAUGAUCAUCCCGCUGUUCUAUGUCCUCUACACGACUGUGUUCAUCAACGAAACGUUCCGGGAGCGGGUGAUUGACAUAUACGACUUCGGGAAGGAGGGGACAAUGCCGUUCGCGCAGCAAGUGGGGCUGUUCGUGCUGACGCACAUGAUCAGCCUCUGCUCGGCAAGCUGUGUGGACUUCGUGCUGCUGUAUCUUGUCACGUGUGUCUCCUUCUUUGCUGUGACCAGUACGUAUGUGAGAAUUGCCUGGAGGGAGAGACAUCAGUCAGUCAUCGAGUCAGAUGUCGACAUCGAUUGGCUUUCUUUUUCUUUCUCUGCAGCUUUGUGUGGAGGGGUGGUGCCUCGCUACCUCGGCCUAGUGGUCGUUGGGUAUAUCUCAUCUCUCUGUUGGAGCGCCAUCAAUGUGCAUGAUGGCUUUCUGACUGAUGUUCCUGUGGCCAUUCACUCGUGCGUGUGUAUCAUCUGCAGGAAGAGAGAAAGCAGCGCGUGUUGAUCCUACAGAAGUGGCUCCAAAAGGAAGCAGCAAAAGGUCCGCGACCCCCACACAACGGCAUUUCCCGCUGGCCUCACACAUUCUCCCCCUGUUAACUGUCAGCAAAGCACCUGCUGAUGGCGACAAUGCACCACGAGCUCAAGAAUGGCCUCCACGUGAUGACUCUUGAGCUGGAAGAGAUCGAGGAGAUAAUCUUGGAGCACCAAAGGGAGCAGAGAACCGCCAGACAGAAGACCCAGACUCAGACUGACACCUACGAUGCCAGUCUGCUCAAGAGCAUAUCUCUUGUCAAGGCUGAGUGCGAGGACCUGUACGCGAAUGUGAUUGACAUACUCGAGAAUGACCGCAAAGAGGCCGGAGGUAUUGAAGAGACACAUCCGUGACAAUGACUGGACGCUACAAAGGUAUGUAUGUCUGCGCAGAGAGCAGCGCGGCUCGUCAGGAGGUGUUCUGCCCACGAAAGCCGAUACAGCAGCUCGCCAAGAGAUAUAAAGUCAGCAAAAUUCCUCUCGUCCGUUCACCUGCUGAUCGUUUGUUCGCAUUUCUUCAGAUACUGGCGGCUCGCAAUGGCAACCUCCUGAACGUCACUUUUGGGGCAGAUUUGCCGAAGUUGAUCGUCGGAGACCGAUACAGAUACACUCAAAUCGUAAACGGACCGCCCGCCACAUGAGAUAUGGCCAUGCCCUUGCCCAUUCCCCUCGGUUGUGUCUCCCAUCUGUGGAAUGACUGCAGUGCCGCAACUACAUGAACAACGCCAUAAAGUUCUGCAAGCAGGUCAGGUGUGUCCGUGUGUGCAUGUGUACUGUAACACAUGAGCGUUUGUGUUGACAGGGCACGAUCCAGGUGUCUGUGGAGACGAGCCCCAAGCGGCACACCCUCGCCAGCCUGGAAGACACGAGCAGCGUCAACCUCGCCACUCUCAUGGCCUCCCCUGAGCUCGUCCAGAAAGCUAUGGGGCUCGCAGCCACCCCGUUGUCACUCAGUACUCUCACCGACUGGCAGGCAUCUGGCCUGGCAUUUCAACAGAUGGAGAUUGUGCUCAGAGUGACGGACUCGGGCAUUGGGAUCGACGCUGACAAGCUGCAGACGAUCUUUACUCCAUGGAGGACAGCAGGUGGAGUUGUGGAGACGUCUUACUCGUCCACUGGCCUCGGUCUCUCAUACGUCAGCGAUCUGGCAAGAAACUUCUUCACAGGCGGCAGGGCGUGGGCGGAAAGCCCUGGCCAAAACCGCGGCUCGAGUUUCUUCUUCGCCGCCACGUUCACAAGUAAUCUGGCUCUGCAUGGAAUGGCAUUUCUGCCAAUGUCAUGUCUCGCUUGUCCUACCUGCAGCCAUCGUGCCCGUCUCUUCGCUGCGGCCGGCCCACCACAAGUCAUCCCCUCCCACCCCUGCAGCCAACACGCCGGCCCUGCACAAGGCACACUCUUUCAUGGAUUGCCAGGAAGACGGAAACGAGCCUACCGAGACGCCAGCGGGGCACUCGAGCUCCAAAGACAUCGAGAGAGCCCCUCCAAGAGACGAGAGCAAGAAUCUGUCGUUCCACUGCGACGAUGAGGUCACCGCCGAGGCGGACUUUCCACGAAGAUGCUCGUUAUCCCGUGACAUCACUGGGGCGAGUGAGUCUGCCCCGAGCCCCAUCCUGCCAAGACGCAAGACCUCGCCUCUGGAGGGCGAAGAAUUUGAUGAGUCUGCCAGGCAAAUCAGGUGGACGCCGAAGAACCAGCUGGACGUGCAAAGGCUCUUCUCAUCGACAGAGGCAGACACGGGCCAGAAAGGGGAAAAGGAGACGCAGCAAGAUGGAACGGAAGGGGGUGAAGAUCACCAGAAGGAGGAGCGUGUGUGGACGCUGCUGCUGGUGGACGACAUUGAGUUCAUCCGAGCGACACAAGGGAUGUUCUUCAUGAGGCGAGGCUACAAGACCAUCCUUGAGGCCGACACGGGGAGGUUGGUCUGCCGAUAAAAGACGUACCGGAGCCUUUGCCUUUGCUGUAUCGUCUGUCUGUGCCUGCGUCUGUGUCGUGUGCUUUCAGGGCUGCACUGUCCGUCUACAUUGAUUACUUGAAGACGCACAGGCACUUUCUUGACGCCGUCGUAACCGGUGCGGGUCUAUUCAGGAGAGACACGUCCAUCUCCGCAUGUGUCUCUGUCUGUCUGUCUGUCUGUCUGUGUUUUGCCCUCCGAAGAUCUUGAUAUGCCCCAAAUGAACGGAGCCGAGCUUGGCAAGCACCUCCACGAUGUGCACCAUCUCUACCGAGAGGAGGCUCUCCGACUGGGCUAUGGCAUCCAGAACCCAACCUUUCGCAUGCUCCAGCCGGCCAACCUCCCCCACCCCACCAGCAGCCAUGCCUCGGUCCCUCUUCUCGCCACCAUCCCGCAAUACCUGGUGGACUCUCUCGUGCGCCACCUGCAGUCGGUUUUGGACGCAAUAGAGCAGCCACCAGCAGAGGCUGACACGAGUGGAGAGAACGAAGACUUCGAACUGGUCCUCACUGGAUCGACGAAGCAGUCGGCGACCCACGGCGGGAACGAGGAGUUAUCGGUGAUGUCUUCGUUCAGCCAGCUGGCCAGGGGCCUCAGCCCGCAGAUGGUGAAGGAGCUGAUGAAUGAAGUCAAUAUUCGUGGGGGCAGCCGGCGGUCGAGCCUUAAAGGCGAUGAGAUCACCGCGCCCACUGACGGCACGACCCCAAAUCGGCGGAUCUCGCUGGCUGGAGUGCCUCAUCCGCCGGCUAGUGACAACCAGGGUGUCGUAGUAAAAGGGCUGCUGCCCUGCCCACCUCCAAUCGUCCUGGUGAGUGCUUUUCGCUUUGUCAGCUAAUAUGGAAUGCAUUGCAUUGUGUGUGUGGUGAGGUACAUGUGUGCAGGUGACGGGUGCGAAUCCGCAGUUCCUCAAACGCCUCGAAAAGACCGUCUUCACCGCUGUCGUGGAGAAAGGUCGUGUAUGACGUGACAAACAUUCUUGCCGACAUUCAUAUAUGCCGCAUUGUGUAUGUCUGCAGGCAAAAUGAAGCGACUCAAGGAGCUGUUUUGAUAUACGUGGAUGAGCUGGCUGAUCAAUAUCGAUCUGUAGGGGAGCAAAAUCGGGCUGCCUGUGCUUGCCCCACAAGGAGGCAAGCGCGAGUGCAUCAUGUAUGGCUCGGGUUUUCACGUAUUUUAUGUAACAGCUGCACUGCUGCAGACCGUAGCCGACUGUGCUGCGCCGGGGGACUUUGACUGAGCGCUCUUAAUAAUGAGCCUCUUAUCGACUGUAUUUCUGUGCGUGUGUGUGGCAUUCUAGUGGUCCUGUUGCAUGUAAGUAAGCACGCAAGCGUGUAUUUGUCAUUGUCUGUGUCCCCCUUCCUCCCUCGACUCGAGCUGCUUCCCCCCACCUCUCUCUAUCUAUAUGGAUUUCUAUAUGACUUUUUUCGAGGUAGUUUCUGAGCACAUCUCCGCAGAUGGUGAGGUCACCAUCGUUGAACUGGUAUGGCCGCGACCAGCCCCAAGUGCCGAAGCUCUUGCGACGUCCGUGUGUAUGCCAUUGAAUGAGUGACGGGAAUUACCUUGCAUGUCUCUGAG